UUGCAAGCUGCAUUCAAGGGUGAUUGGGAAUCUGCUAAAAGAUUUUUUGAACGAGAUUCUGCUUCAAAAAUGGCCAAAAUAACAAGCAGAUCAGAAACAGCUCUUCACAUAGCCGCUUUGAGUGCACAAGACCAAUUCGUUGAGAACCUGGUUGAGCUCUUGUCUCCAUUCCCUGAAGCGCUUGAAAUGAUUGAUUCUGAUGGCCGCACAGCCCUCCACAACGCUGUCCUUUGUGGAAGGAUAAGGAUGGUCAAGGCAUUAGUUAGAUGUAAUCCUAAGCUGACGCAACUUGCAGAUAAUGAAGGACGUGUUUCUUUGGGAAUAUCUGCUGUGGAAGCUUCUAUGCAUAAGGAGAUUGCUUGGUUCCUGGCAAAAAACACGUCAGACGACGGGCCAAGUCAUCCCUUCAGCAAUCCUUCUGCGAUUGAUUGCAUUAUAAAUCUCACAUACGCUGGUCAUCAUGAUAUCACCCUUCAUCUAGUCGGGCGGUACCCCCACUUAAUGACCAUGAAAAGUGCAAAGCAUCAAGGCAUAUCUAUACUUUACUCGUUGGCAAUGAUGCAGUCUCACUAUCCCAGCGGAACCAGGCUGAGUGUUUUGGAAGCAUUGAUAUACAAAUGUAUUCCGGUGGACUUGAACUACAAACCAACAGAUACAAAUUCGGAUCCGGCCCUUCAAUGUCUUACAGGGUCAUUCUGGAAUGCCACCAAAGUCGUUGUUCCUAUAAUCAAAAGAGUCCAUGAGGUGAAGCUGAGACAUGUGGCGGCAUUCGAGUUGGCAAAACAAAUUUGCGUUGCGAUCUCUUAUAUGAAUACUACCGAGAUCAUGAAUUUUUUCCAAGAGGGGGAAUUGUUGGCUCAAGCUACAAGCAGAGGAAUCAGUGAAAUUGUGAAACUAUGUACUCAGUUUUUCCCGGAGCUUAUUUGGAUUUCGCUUUAUAGUAGGAGGUUAAGGACACUUUCUGUGGAGUUUCGCCAAGAAAAGAUUGUCAAUCUCUUUCUAAGGGAAAGCUCAAACAGUGAGUUGUCAUUAGUGCCGGCACCUAUAAAAUAUGAUUCAAGGUGGAUGAUAUAUGAAGCAACACAUUACAACCCUAAGUUCGAUGCGAUAACUAAUGUCGCUGGAGCAGCUUUUCAGAUGCAAAGAGAACUCCAGUGGUACAAGGCUGUGGAAAGCUGGAUUAUCCCUACUAGAAGAACCGAAUUAUAUGACCAGAAAACAUAUUGGAGUAUGUUUGUGGAGAAUCACAAAAUGCUGCUUGAGAAUGGAGAGAAGUGGGUGAAGGACACAUCAAAUUCAUGUAUGCUUGUCUCAACUUUAAUUGCCACAGUAUUGUUUGCUGCCGCAUUCACUCUUCCUGGAGGGAAUGACCGCAAAACUGGAGUGCCAUUGUUGUUAGGACAUGACCCUUUCCUGGUUUUCGCAAUUUCGGAUGCCUUAGGCUUAUUUUCCUCCGUGAUGGCCAUGUUGUUAUUUCUAGCCAUCUUAACAUCGCGGUAUGAGGCGGAAGAUUUUCUUGACUCAUUGCCUAAGAAGAUCAUAAUGGGCCUUAGCUUUCUCUUCCUCUCCUUGGCUUUUAUGCCAGUGGCCUUUGCUGCAACUCUCACAAUUGUACUGGAUAAGAGACUGGAGUGGGUUCUCAUUCCCAUCACUUUGUUGGCCUCUGUCCCCGUGGCUUUAUUCGCUGUACUACAGCUUCCCCUGCUAGUCCAGAUGGUUAAAUCCACCUACGGACCAAGCAUCUUUCGUCCCGAGAGCAUUUGGGAGUGA